UAAUCUCUCUUUUCUUUAGACAUACCAUCAAAAAGUACACAAUUUCACAAGUUGUGUACUCGUUAUUUGUCUAAAAAUUUAUAAAUGUUCACAAAAUGCGUAUAGAUACGUGUUAUUUUUGUUCGUCCAGGAUAUAUCCUGGACACGGUAUACAAUUUGUACGAAAUGAUUGCAAAAUAUUCAAAUUCUGCCGUUCAAAAUGCCACGCAGCAUUCAAAAAGAAGAAGAACCCACGUAAAGUUAAAUGGACUAAAGCAUACAGAAAAACAGUGGGUAAAGAAUUGACAGUAGAUCCAUCAUUUGAAUUCGAAAAACGUCGUCACAUUCCUGUUAAAUACGACCGACAAACAUGGACUAAGACAAUUGAAGCUAUGAAAAAGAUUGAAACUAUUAAACAGAGACGACAGAAUGCAUACAUAAUGCAACGAUUACGUAAAGGACGUGAAUUGGAAAUGGAACGUGAUAUUAAAGAAGUACAACGUGAUAUGGCCCUUAUUAAAUCACCUGCGGCAGGUCUUUCUAAACGGAAAGUCGAAGAAGAAGAGAAACAAGAAGAAAGUGACAUUGAAAUGGAUGCAACCGAAGAAAGUAUUGAAGUUAAUUAAAUUAUACGUUGUUUAUUUCGUAAUUAAUUUUGUAUAUGUUUGGAAAUGUUUCUCAGUUUGUAAGAAUUUCAUAUCUUAUUUGUUGAUUUAGUACUUUUGAAAGACUUUCAUUUUGUAAUAAAAAGAUCUGUCAAUAUUUUAGUGCGUUCAUUAAUUCAGUUAAUGUUUUUAAAUAGGUUUGUUCACAAAAGAAAAUAUAAUAACAAAA